UUUUACAGAACCAUCCAUCGAGUGGUGUGUUUCGUUUUAGAGAGAGAAAAAAAAAAACAAAUUUCAAUUUCUAGAGAGAGAAAAAUAACAACUCUGAUAGAUCUAUAUAUCUACAAAUCUGUUUUGGUAUUGUUAAAAAAAAAUAAUAAAUUACUACGAGAAGAAUUAACACAAAAAAGAGAAAAGAAUGAAACUAUCAUGUGAGCUAUGCAAAUCAGCAGCUCGGAUCUACUGUGAAUCAGACCAAGCAAGCUUAUGUUGGACCUGCGACAGUAAAGUCCAUUCGGCCAACUUCCUUGUCGCCCGACAUUCUCGUGCUUUGCUUUGCCGUGUCUGCCAGUCGGUUACUCCAUGGACAGCUUGUGGCCAAAAACUGGGACCAUCGGCUGUUUCUGUUUGUGAUAAUUGUGUUGCUGGACACUCUGCUUCUGAUGAUGACGAUGAAGAAGAGGAUGAUGAUGAUGGAUUAUUACAAGAUCAACCCAUAAAUAAUGAUGAGGAGGAGGGAGAAAAUCAGGUGGUUCCUUUGUUGUUGUGUUCUACUCCGCCACCUCCCGUCGCUAGCAGCAGCAGUAGUUCUAGCGACGGCGGGUGUGGUGACGAAGAUUUGUGUGUUAGUGAUACCAAUAAUUGUUUCGUUUCCGUUAAACGGAAACGAUCAGUCAAUGUGGUAGAUAUUUCUUCUUCCCAGGAUGGCAUAGAAAAUCGAAAGAAAGCGAUGUUAUAUCAGUUUUUGCCGACGAGUUCUGAAGAGAUGGCGGAGAAGCUGGCAAGGAAGAAAGAUCACCGGAGCGAUAAAUCCAGCAAAGACAAGGAUGGUAUGUGUAAAGGAAUGACAACCGUUGGAUUGGACUUGAAUGCAGAUUAGUAGUCGUAUUAGUGGUAGUUAUCAUCGUUGUAGGUGGAAAGCAAAUCUUUUGUGUUUUAAUUAAUUAAAUUAAUUAACUUUGAUGUUUGUUUUAUUGGCUAACUAUACCCGAAAAUUAGUAUUAGUUAUUAAGUAGUAGUAUUAGUAUGGAUUAGAUUGGAUGGAUGGAUGGACAUAACCAUGGUUUUAAUUUGGUUUUUAUCAUUAUUGGUAGUGAUUUGGUUUAUUAUCAGUUGUAUCUUUCAUGUUUAUUGUUUUAGAAAAGUUGGAAGUUGUUAAAUGA